GCUAUGCACAUACAUACAAUACAUAUAGUACCUCCGCUUAAUACCGUGGUUAAUAAUCAUCAUAUUACGAUGAGUCCCAAAUGCGUUUCAUCAAGAGAGUAAACUACCAACAUCUUGACUGAAAAUCAGCUUUAAUAUUCUACAGUAAUAUUCGAUGACUGGCCGGUCCAUUAACCUAUGAAUUCGAUGAUCUGGAAAUUGGUGGCGUUCUCAGGUGUUCCUCUCGGUACUUAGAUCACGAUUCGUAAUGGCUCUCGGAAAUCAGGGUCCAACGGUCAUCGCCAUUACAUGCGUGGAAGUCGUACUCGCUGGAGGCUUCAUUGCUACGCGAGUCGCCAUCCGUAAUUCGUCAACUAAGGGUGUUGGCAUUGACGACUGGGUUCUUAUAGCAACUUGGAUAGUACAGCUUGCAUUCGUAUGUGCCAUAACGGUUUCUUGCGGUUAUGGCUUCGGUCAACAUAACAAAGAUCUUUCCAAGCCGGAUGUUCGAAUGGCUACUUUGACGGAACUUAUUGCUCAAUGCAUUGUUUCACUUGCGAUGGGACUUAGCAAGUCGGCUGUCGGCCUGUUUUUAAUGCGCAUUGUUGUUCAGAAAUGGCACAAGAUAGUACUUUGGUUCUGGAUUUCAACAAUGAUGGGUUGGUCCAUUCUGCUUGCCAUCACCGUCUUCGCUCAGUGCGUUCCAUUCGAGUCUCUCUAUGACGACCGUGUCCCGCGCCAAUAUUGCACACUAGAUUUAACUACAAUUGCAUACAUCAUGUGUUCUUGGUCUGCUGCGAUGGACUUUUUCCUAGCAGGAUUCCCUUGGAUGGUACUUUGGAAGCUAAACAUGGGAAGAAAGGACAAGAUUACAAUUUGCGUCUCUCUCAGUUUAGGAAUAUUGGCAGGAGUUUGCGGAAUUGUUCGAACGGUAGGUCUCGGUGUUCUAAGCAUUACCGAAGACUAUUUAUUCGCCACUGCCGAAUCGGUGAUGUGGACCAGUAGCGAACUUACCAUUACACUUAUCUGUGUAUGCGUUCCAGUACUCCGACCGAUCUGGGUUCGAAUGCUCGGUGGGAGCACCUCGGAACGAUAUUACAAGCAGAGCGAGGGAUCACAUAAUCUAGUUACAAUAGGGAGGGCGAGAAAUACCAGGCCUACAGAUACGGAGAUAGGCUUGGGUACUAUUCGACCUGAUGUAAAGAAUGCCAAUGUGACGACAAUUGGUGCCUCCGGGCGUAGCUCGGACGACGGCAGUGAGCGGGCCAUACUAAGAGACAACCAAACUAGUAUUCAAAGGACACGGGAAGUUACUGUUGCAUACGAGGAUAAAGGGAGGAGGGAUUGAAUAACUACAUGACUAUCAUAAUUUACUCUAUACAUAUUUAGAGCUACGGUUGGUAAAGAAACCUCCCAUGGUGUCGACUACUGUGGUAACGUUAUGUUGAGUUUCAUUGAAUCUUAGCAUAGGUACAAGGAUGGUUUAUUUACGAUCAAGACAUACUUAACGGCCUACCAGUGGGUGGAACUGCGACUGUUACCUACAUUUCUUUCAGAUAUACAUCUAACCUAGCAUAUAGUUUUAAUAUAGCGGCUCACCCUACCUACAUUGCGAACCCUGAGUUAUAAUUACAAUUGUUUUGUUUUGGUCCCUCGCGCAUCCUACUC